GAGAGGAUUCAGCCGAACACCGUGACCUACAGCUGCGUCGUCAAGGCCUGUGGCCGUGCGCAGGAGCUUGACCGAGCUUUUAUGUUCCUGCGAGACAUGCAGGAGCAGCGGAUAGCCCAAAACAUUAUGACCUGGGCCCCGGUGAUUGAAGCGGUCUGCAAGCACCGGGAUGACGCGGCAGUCCAGGACGGUUUGCAAAGAAUGCUCCGGGCCGGCGUGGCGCCGCAGGGUCGGGCCCAGCAGCAGCUGGAGGAGCGCCUGGGCCCUUUGAACCUCGCCCUGGCGUGCGCCGAGCCUCCAAAAGAAAGGCCGCGCGGUCGACAUCAGCGCGUUCGCUCGGCAGAACCGCAAUGCCGAAGCAACAGUGGGAGACACCAAGCAGCUGCAACGACGGCAAGAUGCCCCGAGCUUGUUUCGCAAGCGACGCGGGCGCAUU